UCUUUUAAAAAAAACUAAGCACUUAAUUAUACCUAUGGUAUGCCACACACCCACAACACAACACUUAGCUAAAACCUGAUCUCAGUGAUCUAGUCUCUGCAUGCAACUGCUCUCUCUCUCUCUCUCUGUGCCUCUCUCUUCUCCAAGUCUCUCUCCCCUGCUUAAUUCCAUCCUGAGCUGCAACUUGAUAUCCUGCUCGGUUGUCGUACUUCUCUCUUAAUAUAAACAUUUCCUAAUUAAGGCAGUUAAUCCCGUUGCAAUUUAUUUUCUGAUCUGGAGGUUACAAACACUUCUCUAUCAAAAGUUACACCAUAUAUAGCGGUACUCUCUCAACUUCUUGCGCAAUUUGAUUGCUCCACUUCUCAAAUUAAAUAAUAAUAACAAUAAUAAAAAGAAACCCAACAAAAAAACAGGUAUGGCCUCUCAGUUUCCUGCUUUUCAUUUGCCCCUCAAUUUCCUUCUUUCCAAACCCUCUCAUUUCCAGACCAAUAAUUGUAUCAGACUCCGGCGUUCUAAGCGAAGGAGUCCAUCUCAAGAGCAACGAGCUUCAUUCAUAACCAAAACAGCUAAGAUUCUUCAUAAGGUGAUUCAGUGACUGCAAAAGAAAAUCUCCUAGCCAUAUAGCCUCACAAAUGGUAGUAGAGACGGCCAUAUACUCGGCCUCACAUACAAUUGCUUCCAAUGUCCAAGAGAAAGUUGUUGAACUAAGAUAAAACAACCUCCUAGCAGCUAGCCAAUGAGAUUCUGUUGGUGUACUCCAUAUAGCGACCUAUGAGUCCAACGCCAUAAACAUUAUCAGUUCUUGUGAUUGUCAAAUUCUUUAAGCCUCCAAAGAGACUCUCGCACAAAGUAACUUGCUUUCUCUUCCUUUGAUAACUUGAAGAACGUUUCAAGGACAGUAUUGAAAACGUAGACAUGUGGAGGUCUGCUCUCACGAAAGCAGCCAAUUUAUCUGGGUUUGAUAAUUCAAAGAAAACUGGGACGGAGGUGGAUUUAGUUGAGAAAGUUGUGGAAGGCAUUUGGACCAAAUUGAUUAGCAAAUUGUCAAGUAACUUAAGAGGGUUUGGUUGUAAUUGAAAGCGCAUCCAGCACAUUGAAUCAUUAUUAUGCAUUAAUGAUUCCCUAGAUGUUUGCACUGUAGGCAUUUGGGUUAUGGGUGGUAUUGGCAAGACCCCCCUUGCUGAUGCUGUAUUUUACCGACUCUCUUCUAUCAUGGUAUUGAAAAAUAGAACGGGAACUAAGAAGGUUCAAUGUAUGCUCUUUAACAUGGCUGAAUAUGAAGAUCAGCUACACCUGAGUUGUGCAGCAUUAAAAAAGAUGUCUAAUCUAAGAUUGCUAAAGAUUUAAAAUUCCUGCAUUGGCGACUGCAGCAAAUUAUGUUUUUCUAAAGGCCCCGAGUCUCUUCCCAAUACUAUUUGUUAUCUUUACUGGGAGAGAUACCCUUUGCAAUCUUUGCCAUCAACAUUUUCUGCAUAAAAUCUUGUUGAGCUUCUAAUGCCCCACAGUGAACUUGAGAAACUUUGGAAUAAAGGCCAGAACCUGGGGAACUUAAAACUGAUCGAUCUUAGUUACUCCUAUCAUCUGGCUGAAGUUCCAGAUCUCUCUCAUAGUCAAAAGAUUCGGCAUAUAAAUCUUGAAUGUUGUGCAAGUUUGGUUCAAAUUCAGUCAUAUUUUCAAUAUCUUGACAAGCUUACUUAUAUUCAUCUGGGAAGCUGCUGGAAUUUAAAGAGGGCUGCAAUAAAGGAAUUGCCUUCGUCAGUUUGGUCUAAUGAAAAAAUUUAUUUCUUGGAUAUUGAAUAUUGUGAAUACCUUGAGCAUCUCCCAAGCAGCAGCUGUAAUCUGAAAUUCUGUUCAGAAUUUUCUGUCAUGUGCUGCUCAUCUCUCGGCAAGUUUUUUGAGCUUCCUAGGGAGAUUAAACUUUUAAAGUUGACUGAGACAGCAAUAGAAGUAUUGCCCUCAUCAAUCGAAUGUCUCUAUGGUCUAAAAACAAUUGAGCUUAGAGAGUGUAAGAGGUUUGUGAGUCUCCCAACUAGCAUUUGUAAGUUGAAAUCUCUUGAGAAACUUGAUCUCUCUGGUUGCUGUGAAUUUGAACACUUCCCAGAAAUCUUGGAGCCUAUGGGACGUCUGGAGUUUCUUAGUUUACAAGGAAUGGCAGUUAAAGAGCUACCCUCAUCAAUCGAGUAUCUCUCUGGUCUCAAUAAAAUUCAACUAAAAGGUUGCAGAAGGCUUGUGAGUCUCCCAAUGAGUAUUUGUAAGUUGAAAUGUCUUAAGAUACUUGAUCUGAAUAGUUGCUCUGAAUUUGAAUGCUUCCCAGAAAUCUUGGAGCCUAUGGAAGAUCCGCUAUUGCUCAGUUUAGAAGGCACAUCAGUUAUAGAACUACCGUCCUUGACUCAAAAUCUUUCUGGCAUAAAAGAUUAAAUAUCAGUCAGUUCGAGCACCUUGAGGUUGUCCCUAGUAGCUGUGAUAUCUGUUUGAAACUUAUAAGUUGCGACCCUGCUUAGUAGGUUUGGAAAAGCUAGACCUCAGUUACAGCGGUAUAUCAAAAUUCCCUGAUCACUUGAUUUGCUUAACCUCAUUAUGGUCUUUAGAUCUUCGUGGAACCAUGAUUGAGAGCAUACCUGAAAGCAUCAAGCAAGCUUCUUGGCUGCAUCGCCUAUACUUAACCAAAUGCAAAAGCCUUCAUUCUUUACCAGAGCUCCCGCUAUGGCUGCAUCUUAUAGCGGAUGGCUGCACAUCACUGAAGACAGUAUCAAGUUCAAGGACGACACUCACACAAGGUUGGAGUGAAGAUUAUCGUCGGUUUCUUUUGGACAAGCAACUUAUAUUUUCUAAUUGCCUAAAAUUGGAUCAGAGUGAAAGGAGCAACAUAAUGGCUGAUGCACAGAUUUUAAUCAUGCGAAUGGCAAAGUUGACAUCAAAGUGGUACAGACAACGUUUUGAAUGGUCAAGGGAGUUUAUAUUUGAACCAUCUUUAGUUACGCUUGUUUGUCCGGAAAAUGAAAUUCCAAAUUGGUUUAGCUAUCAAAAUGAGGGAUCUUCAAUAAAUAUCAAGCUUCCUCCAGGUUGGUAUAAUCCAAAUUUAUUUGGUUUCGCUGUGUCUGUUGUUUUUGCAUUUGACAGUAACUUUCAUUUUAAUUGGCAUUACGAGUUCGGAUGUAGUUCCACUUUCAAAACCAAUAAUAGUACACAGCUUGACUCAGC